CACACCAUGUCACAAAAACCCUGAAGGGACAUGAACCUUUUUGACCUUUUUAAUGUGCAUGUUUAGGCUGGAGUUUUCUGCUGCCCUCCCUCUAUACCACCUCUCUCUCUCUCUCUCUCUCUCAUUGCAUCUGAAAAUCUGGGAAAAAAAUUGAAUGGCGAUCCCGUUCUGUCUUUUACUAGGGUCUCUGAUCACUGGCUUUAUCGCCAUUGUUUUGAGCUAUUUCGCAUUUCUUAUAAUGAAGGGAAGGAUUUCCAGGAAAAGGGCUAUUGGGUUUUUCCACCCUUACACUAACGAUGGUGGAGGAGGAGAAAGAGUGCUAUGGUGUGCUGUUAAGGCAGUUCAGGAAUUAAAUCCUAAUCUUGACUGUGUUGUAUACACUGGUGAUGAAGCUUCUCCUCAGAGCUUGAUGGCUCGUGCCUUGGAUCGUUUUGGUGUGAAGCUUCUGCAACCUCCUCAGGUGGUUCCCUUACACAAAAGAAAGUGGGUUGAGGAAAGGACUUACCCCCAUUUUACUAUGAUUGGACAAAGCCUUGGCUCGAUUUACUUGUCCUGGGAGGCUCUAAAUAAGUUCACGCCAUUAUUUUAUUUUGACACAAGUGGCUAUGCGUUCACUUAUCCACUAGCACGGGCAUUUGGAUGCAAAGUUAUAUGCUACACACACUACCCAACAAUCAGUUCAGAUAUGGUUUCUCGUGUUCGUCAGCGCAGUUUCAUGUACAACAAUGACAAAUCAAUUGCAGGCAGCAUAUGGCUCUCUAGAUGCAAGGUGAUCUACUACACCAUUUUUAGCUGGAUGUAUGGAUUGGUGGGCUCAUAUGCAAAUAUAGCAAUGGUAAAUUCAUCAUGGACAAGAUCUCAUAUCGAGAAGCUUUGGAAAAUCCCUGAUCGCACCAGAAGAGUUUAUCCUCCUUGUAAUACUUCGGAACUUCAGGUGCUUCCAUUGGAGAGGCCAGAUAGUAUCAGGAAAUUUAUAUCCGUUGCUCAGUUUCGUCCUGAAAAGGCUCACAGUCUUCAACUCGAGGCAUUUUCACAUGCCAUAAACAAACUUGAAUUGGAAUAUCCUAGACCUAAGCUUCAGUUUGUGGGUAGUAGUCGAAACAAGGAAGACAAAGAGAGGUUGUCCAAAUUGAAGAGAAGGUGCAUCGAGCUGGGGUUAGAAAAGGAUGUGGAGUUCUAUGAAGAUUUGAUGUACAGGGAUUUGGUUGAACUUCUGGGUGGUGCUGCUGCGGGGUUGCAUUCCAUGAUAGAUGAGCAUUUCGGGAUAAGUGUUGUAGAAUACAUGGCUGCUGGUGCCGUUCCAAUUGCCCACAACUCAGCUGGUCCAAUGAUGGAUAUUGUGGUUGAAGAAGAUGGACAAAGGACUGGAUUUUUGGCUAAGGAAGUGGCAGAAUAUACAGAUGCCAUCCAUAACAUCAUAAAAAUGCCCGAGCCUGAACGAUGCAGAAUUGCAGAGGCUGCAAGGAAGAGAGCGAAUAGGUUUUCAGAGGAAAAGUUUUACAAGGAUUUCGAGGCCGCAGUUUCUCCCAUACUUUCAUGUGCCUCUUCAUAAAGUUAUAUGUUAAUUAUGUUAUAAUUUUUUUAUUGAAAAGGCCUGAUUCAAUGUCAAAUAGGUAAAGGUUAGAUAGGCCCAAAUGAAAUUUGGGUUGGUUGGUUCUCUGCUAAUUUAUGAAAUCUUAAGUUUGAGAGCACCUAUUUGUUGCUCUGUUUUGUAUUUUGACUAGUUUUAGGGACUUUGAAGUUGAAGCCUACAAUAGGACCCAUUUUGGCUUCUCUUAACACAGUUUUUUCAUUCACCAAA